UAACUGGUCUGCAAUGGUUCGCGCGUCCUUGGCGCGUACACGCCGCCAUGAAACAACAACGGUGAACUCGGUUGCUUGGAGUAGAAACAACCUCCGAUAUCAUGCCUUUAAAGGAUGACAAGAGUUGGUUGCACUGUACAUUGUGUCGCUCAGGGAGACAGGGUGUGUCCACUCUCAAUAAAGCUUUACUAAGGAAGGUUGAGUGGCCAAGUCAAACGAACACUUCGUUUCAAUCCUCACAGGAACCCAUGGUACACACCACAAUAGAAGAUGCAUUCGACACAGUAUUGCAGUACAUGAAUGUUACCAGUAGACAGUGUAAGCGCUUUUUCCGCUGCAGAUCAACCGAUGAGUGCAACGCCCAGGAUGUGAAUCAUUGUAACAGAUUCCAUCAGCCAGAUUAUAACAUGGUAACCCGCCGACACCCACUUCAGAGGCUGGAAGACGUGCAGGUGGAAGUAGCGCCUGGCAGUUAUGCAGUUUCCGCUGGUCGUUACGGCGCACCCAGACAGCACACCCACAUUGUCCGUUUGGAGCCUGGACAGACAGUAGAUCUAGGGUUUUCGUUAUAGUCAUGUCAUGCUGCAGUUUUUCUUCAUGAUAUUAAUACUUACGACGAUUCACAAUUCACUCUCUUCCCCUUACUAGUUUUUCAAAGCCGGAGAUCUUUCUCAGUAAAGUUCAGUUUUUCAAGGUGAAAAGGUAGAAAGUUAUGGAGACAGAUUUAAGGAUUCUGGUAGCAUUGUCGUUCAGCAUUAGUUAUGUGGAAAUGACCAGGUUGACAAGGUAUAGAGAUUGUAAGGAGAAAUUAGAGGUUAAUUAGGCCGGAAGGGUUCUAAGGAUUGUAGUAUUUGUAAAUUAUCAUUAGGGCAUCAUACAUUUAUAUAAUAUAGUUUUGUAAUUGUAGAAAAACUUUGUAGUUCAAAUUCGUACAAGUAGGCUUGUGUAUUCUGCUAGUAUCAGGGAGAAGGCGAUGAUUUGACUUUCUUUAUCUGAUGUUCAGUUGCGCGUUGGUCCUCAGCAACUGACACUUCACUCGUUAUUGUAAAACGCUUUGUAUUGCCUUUUGGAUAACUUUCGAACAUGCUCUUAUAUAACUUUAAUUCAUCAGAAUGGAGUCUUGAAUUAAAUCGCCUCUGCUCUAACUCUACGAUCACCACGAAUAAAUGUUCUGUGUUUAGGUUUAUCCCAGUUUUGUAGCGAGAAUAUUGGCGUGAUUAACUAAACCCGUGAAAUAGAUAACAAGCGAUUGAAAAUGCAAGGAACUCCAUUUCUUUUGUGUUCGUUUUUGGUGUCAAUUUUCUUUCACGGAUUUUGAAAUCACUCUUUAGUUUUAUUUCAGAUUCUAUUACUCUUAGUUUCAAGUUUAGUUUAGACUAGAUAAGUUGUAUAGUGCAUGUAUUUGUUUUAAUUUAGUCAAAUAAAAACCGUUAGCCACUCUAAAUCUCCAUUUCGAA